CAGACGUUAUAGUCCCACCAUCACAUUUGACCCCUCCCCUGGGGGAGCGGCGAGCCGCAGACACAGCUGCGCUCGGGAACCGUUUGGCGUCUUCAUGAAAGCAGGCUGGCGUUUCGUCUGAAUUAGAAACGUCGGCUUCUUUUCAGUUAUAUUGAAAUAACAGAAAAUCUUCUCAUAAGUUGGGCUGUAAGAACAAAAAUAUUAACACAUCCACGGGCUCUAAUGGGACUUUUACCACAACGUUGGGAGGGCGACAGACGUCCUGCAUAACAAGCACAGCCUCAGAUCAGUCAUUUGCAUGAUCUGGAUGCUUAUAAUGUGUUUGUCGGGCUUCUGACUUCCACAUGACAAAUGUUUGGAUCUGACUUUUUGAGGACCUGUUGAGCAAGAUGUGGUGCUUCAAAACAAGAGAGCAGGAUACGGAAACCCGAAAAGGGAACGCCAAUGAAACGUGUAGAUUUGCCAGGAGCCUCUCAGAUAACAGAUGAGAUCCAAGCCUGGCUGAGUCGACAAAAACAGCCCGCAGGUCUGGAGCUGAUCAGCGUUUAAUCAGGAUGUUAGAGAGGAGAAGUGAUGCCCACAGAGCACAACACGUCUGAACCAGGAGCCGUUUACUGCACCAUGUCUGAAGACGGUGGAUUUGAAGUGACCAUGUAAUCUGGCAUCUGUUAGCAGUAACAGAAAGAUUCUGAUGAGAUGUCACAGAAAAGCUGAACUUUUUACCCCUGAAUUUCUGUUCAUUCAGUUUAGUUGGUUUUUCUUGUGUAACGUGCACAUCUGUGCACAGAUGUGAGUGUAACACAAGAAGAAAAGUUUGACAGAAAGUCCCAACAACUUGUCAAAACAAAGACAGCAGCUGUUUUUCAGGGUUCAUGACGGUGCAUUUGCUCCGUUCCUGAAUGGAGGAUUCUGAAAGUGGUUUCAAGGUUUGGACAGCUUUUUCCUCUAAAUAAGGUCACGGGAUCCGGUUCCCUGCGCAGCAACCGGACACCAGGUUACAUAAUCCCAUUUCUGGCUCACAUGCACGGACAUGCAGCCGCGCACGACGGCAGCGGUGGAGCGUCACUGCCGACUCUGCGUGUCAUCUGGCGGGGCGGGCCCUACGGCCCCCCAACACCACCACCAAACGGUGGAGGACAGUCUAGUGUUCAAUGCAGCUGAUGGCUGCACCCCCACAGGAACACAGCGGAUCCAGAAUCCAUUUGUUUUCCUACCGUAGAAAAUUACUAUUGAAAAUCUAUAAAAAACAAAGUCUACUAAAACAUCUUUAUAAAAUAAAAACAACAGUUUUGAAAACUAAAGCAUAUGAAGCUAUUCUUUCAAUUAUUUCUGGUGGAACGAUAUAAAAGCUUCAUCUGUGACUUUUACUUCACAGUAUAAACACCGUUAACAAAGUGGCUGUACUUUCAAACGUGUACUUUUUGUCUCCAGGGUGGAAAUAUUCUCCAUUAAAUGUCUGACUGCCAUUGGAUUUGUGCGUCACAAGAAUUUGUCUGAACAGAUUUUUCUGGGGAAUGUCGCCCCCCCCCUCCCGUCGCUCAGAUGGAGUUCAGUUUGUGUGUGUUGCAAGCGUGUGAUGGUGGCGUGUUUUCAUUCUGCACAGCGCUGUGGGCGAAACAUGUUCAGGCAAAUCUCCACAAUACAUGAGCAGCAGUGCCGACGGGCGAGACUCGGCUGAAACAGCGUGGACUCAGACGUCCGCACACGGCGAGGACACGCGCCCGCAUCCAUAAAGAAACCAACUUUAACGGAACGUUCCAACACAUCAAACCUACAGGAACCUGUGGAGUCAGGACAAGAAGGGCCCAAAAUCUGGACUCUGUGAAAAACAACGUGAAGUCCAGAGAAAAUAUUGUUCCUUUUUAGACGAUACAGAUUAAAGCAAUCUCCUUCUUAUCUUUGACUUCUCUAUUUUGUUUAUUUGUGACAAACCGUGACGUCCUUCUUUUUCCAAAACGCAUCGUGAUAAAGACCUUGAAUUUAAAAAGAGACAUUUCUUCACUGUGACGACAGAAACGGUCAACGUCCACAGAAGACGUUCUUGAUUAGAUCAAGACCAAAACCUGGAGCUGCAGACGAUGACAUGUGACCGACGGGAACGUAUGCAGUAAACAUGGGGGGAACGUGAGGCACACAGGAGACCCCCCCCCUGCUCCGGAUGCCAUUAUUGAAAAGGUGAAAGGGCACGCUAAACAAGGUCUUCAGAGACCCUCCCCCAAAUUGCAAAAGAAAAGUGACCACCGUGAGGAAGCACAGCACUCGUCGUCACGGUGACGUCAGUUUGACCACAGAAACAGCCGUAAACCGUCAUCAGUGAUGGUGAUCGGUGAGUCAGUGCGUGUGACGAGCCCGCUGGCCGUUAGCGCUCUGCCUCGCCGUUAAACAAACCCCUCCCUGCAGAACAUUCUCAUGUUACCAGCAUACCACAGAGACGGUAUCUGUCGGACAGGCUCCCUCCUGUCAGACGGGUUACAGGCUCCGGCUGCAGGUUGACGUUACAAAACACACGUUUACAGUUGGUUCAGAAAGACUCCAUUGUUCAAGCAUUUCAUUUCUCAAACCAGAUUACAUAAGUCGGCUUCUCUGACACACUAGUUCUGAUCUAAUUUCACUUGGAGACCAAAACUCAAAGUCUGAAAAGAUACAAGGCAAUAACUACAUGUACUCUAUCAUAUUAUUCUAUAAAGCACGAUAGCAGAGUGACUUCUAUUGAGCUGUUUUAGUCUGGCAUGAACGUCGUGUUGAGACAACCACUCCUCCAAAACAAACUAAUGUUCUUACAGUGCCGUCCUGCCUCUUUUCUGAUCUUAUGGAUUUACAUUGAUAGAUUUGAUCCAGAUAUUCAGCUGAAGGUAGGACAAGGAUAUCUGGAGGACAAGCCGUACACGGGACACCCUAGAUGUACCCAGUGUAAAUAUAACAGAAGGAAUAUUUUGAUUGAUGGCAGAGAAAUGGUCUAAUGGGGUGUAGUAUGAGGACAUAACAGCCCCUCCCUCAGUACACAGUGCAUACUUGUAUGUGAAGCACUUUAAAAUAUUCUAGUUAUUAAAAAAAUGUGAUCCAAAGCUGGUAAUCAGUUGUUCAGUGUGAAGCGUCGUUAUGCAGUAAACAUGUCAACAGGUAAAACCAUUAAAGUAGCUGGGAAUUCAAAGAGACACCAGCUUUAUAACUAAUAAUCAGUCACCACAGACCAAAAGCUAUCCAACUACAACUCACCAGAAAAAUGCAUGCAUAGUUAAGAACUUCACUUCCCAGCAUGCCCUGCUGCUGUCACAAAAGGCAGAAUCAGGCUGUUGGUUCUAGUUCAAAUCUAGAGCUUUAUGAAAGAAUGAAGAUUAUAGAGAUGCAUUUUUAAACGUUUUUAAACCCGGAGGUCAGGUUAGUCAUCUCUCUGGGGGCAGAAGACAAAAACCAUAAAGUGGUUAUGCAAGCAGCUGGCUCCACGCCAUCAGGCCCGGCGGUCACGUGGAAGGAGGGCUGGAUACAAUUAUUUACUCUCCUGGGUCCUGUUUCUGCCUGCAGAGCCCUGUCCUCUUCCAACGUUAAGGUGUGUUUUCAGUGGAUUAACCUCAAGCAGAGCCCGCCUUCACAGGCUGAUGGCAGCCUGGUGUAUUUAAUGGAGUUUGUAGUUAAACCAUGAUAUCCACACGUGUUAUUACACUUUAAUGAUAGUCAUCAGUUUGAGCUCAUCAAGUGAGGUGUGUAACGUUUGAAAGAAUCCGUCAAAACUCUGCUGUGUUCACACCUGAACUGGGCUGAAAGCUAACAGCCCAUUACUAUAGCUCCAUAACACAACAGAAGAGCAGCAAAGCCAGUGGGGGUUUUCUAUAGAACCACCCACACUAGAUCUUCAGCAGCAUGUUCCUGAUACAAAAGGCAACAUUGCCCUCAGAACAGAAGUACAACUAAGGUAGAAGUGUGCUGAUUGGCUGCUGAUCAUCAUCACCGCAGAAAUAAAAACAAGACAUGUCAGCUUCUUCCUGCAGAUAAUCCGCUGUGGCUCUUUGUUUACUGCCUGUUCCUCUUUGCAGAUUUGUUGUCUGGUACUAUGAAGGGGAAAUCAUAAACGCUGAACAUUACUAAUGUCUGCAAAUCAAAAGGGCCACACAUAAAGGCUCAAACGGAUAAACUUCUUACUGAGAAGGUUUCUGGAAUGACCUCCACAUGUCUACGGUGGAGUCAACAGUCACAACAACAUUUUUACCUCCAUGGAGGCUUUUCCUUGACCUCACUGUGAAAUGUUCUGGAGUCACUAAAAAGCAGGAACCAGACGUAAACGGAAGGAGCUUUGAAAUGCCAACGUAUGAAAGUCACGGUCAUGUGCUGCUUCUCCAACACCCAUCUGAUUUUAUUUGGAUACAGUCAAAUGUGUGGAGGAGAAUAACUGACAGUCAGAUACGUCCACAUUAUAUCGUAAUGUCUUUUCUGAGUGGAGAUCUUCAGCUGUGAAAAUGGUCUCGAUCCAAAACUCAGGAUUGUUUUUUUAUUUACACAGUUUUAUUGUUAAGAGCUGAAUGUCAGACUCCAGCUAUGCUGUUGCUGCUGAAUACAAGUACAACUAGAAACAUAAUCCAAUCCCAGACUGUAACCAUUAGCAAACAAUACGAUGUCAUAGAUGGGAUCAGGAAACAGACAGACAGCUGGAUGUAAAGAAACCUUUGCCUGGUGGACGUUGGGCCUUCCUGAUUAUAUCUGGACAGACAGACAGGACGCUUCCUUAUAGAGUAAAUGUGUUUCAGGUAAAUCCACAACAGAAACACAAGAACACAUGCAUAAAUGAACGGAAGUGUUUCGUUUAAGGACAUGAUGAAGCCUCGGUUUCUGAGUCCUUCAGAAACACACAGACAGACAGACAGACGGACAGACGGACAGACGGACAGACAGGGCCUCGUCCCAGAACUGCGUCCUUAUAACCGGUCCAGUUCCACCAUCGGUACGCUAAGCCGUCACAAAACGUCAAAGACCAAAUCUUCAGAGUUUAACAGGAAGAAUUCUGAACAUCUCGGACUAAAUGCUGCUUCAGACAACAGCCGAGUCUGCUAGCCUCUUAGCUAAUGCUGCUAACAGCUGAUCGUCGCUGAGCCGUUCAGGACACCCCGGAAAGAAGUCAGACCAGCCGCCCGACUCCCCUGAUCGGCAGGUAGGGACCAGACCACGGCGUUUCCGUCACAACAUACCCAGGGGGCGCCAAAGAAAAUCAUCGGACUCCGUCCAACCUUCUCUGCAUCCUCCUCUCCAUCCAUGACCCUCCUCUUUGGUCUUCCUCUCUUUCCUGGCAGCUCCAGCCUCAGCAUCCUUUCACCAUCAUCAUCACUGUUCUUCCUCUUAAACAUCUCCAUCUGCUUGGAUCUCCAGAACAUCUGUGAUCCGAUCCUCUGAUGGAUCCAUUCCUGAUCCAUCCUGGUCCCACAGAGAACCUCAGCAUCUUCCUCUCUGCUGCCUCCAGCUCUUCCUCCUGACUCUGUGUCUGAACCGGGGGUCUCCACCACUUCUUCAUCCAAACCACAGCUCUGCUCUCGUUUUCUGAAAAGACAACCAAACCACACUAUUCCUACUUCAGGAAAAACCGGAAACACGUCGAGUCUACUUCCUGUCCCGGCUUUCUUUCCGGUUUUUCUCGCUGAAUGAAGAGAAAUGGCAGAAACUGCGAAGGAAACCGGAAAAUCUGCAGCAAAAAAUUCCGACGAAAGACAGACGGAAGCAAAACGCGUCAAGUUAGAGUCUUGUUUGGAUCAACCAGAAGAAUCAAGCAUCUAUGAGGUCAUCAGGUACGGGCCGUCCCCCCUCCCAGCAAGGCAUUAUGAUCCAGACACGACCGAACCCACCAGCUGUGGUCUUCACUCCAUGGAGGAGCUGUUGUCUUGGAGACGGAGUGAGGCCAACCCCUUCAACGUGGCCUCUGUACCGCUAGCUCCUCGGGAGCCUUCCCUUGGCAGCUGUCAGCGCCGGACCCUGGUGUCCCACGACAUGAUGGGGGGUUAUCUGGAUGACAGGUUUAUCCAAGGCACAAACGCAGAGACUCCGUAUGCCUUUUACCACUGGUGCUACAUCGAUAUCUUCAACUACUUUACACAUCAGCUGGUCAGCAUUCCUCCAGUCCAGUGGACCAACGCUGCGCACAAACACGGGGUCAUUGUUCUUGGAACCUUCAUCACGGAGUGGACCGACGGCGCCACCAAGUGUGAGGCCUUCCUGAAAGACGAGGAGUCGUACCGGUCGGUGGCCGAUAAACUGGUCCAGAUCAGCCAGUGCUACGGCUUUGAUGGCUGGCUCAUCAACAUAGAGAACCCGCUCAGUGAGGCGGCGGUGAGCAACGCCCCGCCGUUCCUGCAGUACCUGACGGAGCAGAUGCACGAGCGCGUGCCCAGCAGCCUGGUCCUGUGGUACGACAGCGUGAUCCAGAGCGGGGAGCUGAAAUGGCAGAAUGAGCUGAACCAGUCCAACAGGAUGUUCUUCGAUUCCUGUGACGGCUUCUUCACCAACUACAACUGGACGGAGCAGAGCCUGGAGUCCAUGAAGGACUACAGUGGCGUCCAGGGCCGGCAGGCUGACGUCUAUGUUGGGGUGGAUGUGUUCGCCCGAGGGGAGGUGGUGGGGGGGAUGCUGGAAACAAACAAGGCUCUGGAUCUCAUUCGGAAGCACAACUUUUCCGCAGCCAUCUUUGCUCCCGGUUGGGUGUACGAGUCGCUGGAAGAUAAGACGGAGUUCCGGCAGAAGCAGGACGGGUUCUGGGCUCUUCUGUCAGAAUACCUGUACGUCCAUCGGCCGGCGACCCCUCUGCCCUUCGCCUCCUCCUUCUGCCAGGGCUUUGGCGAGGCCCUCUACUGGAGCGGACAGAAAGAGAAGACGAGCAGCUGGUUUAACCUGUCGGCCCAGGACCCCCAGCCGCUCUACCUCCAGAAGGAUUUGGAGGGUGGUGGGUGGCUGAGGAGAAGCGGCUGCCCGCUGGACGCCUGGAGCGGAGGCAGCUCGCUGCUGCUGGACGGCCUCAUCCCUGCAAACCUCAGCGCUGCGGUUUGUGCCAGGAUCUUCUCUCUGCAUGUGCCGCUGGACUCCAGGAUCCUGGUGGCUCUGAUCUACAAGGCGUCUCCCGGGAUCUCCGUCUCUCUGCAGCUGAGCACAGACGUCCAUCACUUCCCCCCAAACGACCAGCGGGACGCCAAGACCAUCAGUCUGACUCCUGAGGCGCUGGACAACGGCCACCAUUUAAUGAAGCACCUCACUCAUCUUCACCUGGAGGGAAACCGGACCGCGGACGGUUGGACCUUCAGAGGCUCAGAGGUGGAGCUUCGCGGCUGCAUCCUCAGAGACGUUGGCGUGCUCAUCCAGCGGGAUGGCGAGCCCGGAGAUGUGCCUUUCAGCUGCCGGCUGGGCAAGAUCAUGGUGGUGGACGUGGCGAGUCUGGAGGCGCCCCCUCCCCCGGUGCGGGGGGUGUGCGUUGAAGACAUCGUUUGGUUCCGUGGCUCUGGCACCCCCCCCCAACGGUCUCCGCUCCUGAACGCCACUCUGCACUGGGAGUACUCCUCUGAGCUCGUGCAUCAUUUCAAAGUCCACCGGCGCCGUCUGAGAGGACCGGACCCCCGGAUCCCUCCGGGGCCCCUGGAGCUGGUGGGCCGGGCGCACGCCAACCUGUUCAGGGUGACGGCGCUGGCGGUGCCAGAGCCACCAAGCCUGCUGGAGCUGGUGGUGGAACCGGUCCUCCUGGUGGACGUCCCCGUGCCUGAGGAGCUCUGGGGCAGAAGGCAGCUCAGCUACACGGAGGCGGCUGCACCGUGAUGAGGGCCUCAUGCAGUCUGUGACUGGAAGGAGGAGUGACAGCAUUUCCUGAUGUUUGUGGAUGAAUCAUCCAGUUUGAGGUUCAUCUGAUCCUCCGUGAUGCAGCAGAUGAUUCUGGGGGGGGGUCCUCCUGUGUGGCAGGCUCAGGAAAGACUCCCAGUCUUUGUUUUGGGGGGGGUGUUUGACUGGUGCUGUAAUGAGUUACCUGAUUAAUUCAGAACACGUCAAAGUUAGAGAAGAAAAAUACUGAAAAGCAAAUAUAUACUGGGGGGGGGGGGCUUAUGAUAACCUGACUGCCUCCCUUCAUAUGGAGGCAGAUGCUUUUAAUGAGACAUGAAAUGGAGUAAAAGAAUAGUCACAUAUAUGCAUGUUACUGUGGAUCUAUACAGAAAUAUGACGAUAGAUCAGAUCUGUCUUUGUUCUACUUUUUUCUGUUGAAUGUUGUGUGAAUCUAUGCCAUGUUUGUUUAUGGGAUGUUGUCAGGUCGUUUUCAGGUUCUUGGUUUUGUUUGAACCAUUAAACUUAAACAAACUCAUUUAAAGCAGGAACUGUUGACCUCAGUUGAAGAAGCAGCUCAUGCAGGAAUCAGGAUGAAUGUUCACGUCGUGUCCAGUAGGUGUCGCUGUCUUAAUGUCAGCCUCAUGAAUGCAGGUCAGUGUGCCGAGGAUGGACAGAUGUGGCUCUGCAAUAAAACAGCGUUUUUUUAACCAAUUUA